CGAUAUGGCAUUCCUGCUACGAAGAUUAAACUGUCAUGAUAAGAUUGCAUGCAUGUUGGAUUAAUGAAAGCAUACUGAUUCAGAUUUAUAUUAAAUAUUCGUAACACAGUUUUCGAGGCAUUUUUUCUGUGUUGUUUAGAAGAUACUUUCAACCAAUAUACAGUAGAAAUGGAUGUUCUUUCUAGACCAGCAGAAGAAUUCGCCAAUGAUAGCACUGUGGAGGAACUGUGGGCUAUGAAAGCCGUCGAACAUGCAGAGAUUUAUUUCAACCUACUUUGCAGUGUUGAUCCUCGACAACUUCACCUAACACCAUAUGACAACGAGAUAUAUGAAGAGUUCCGUAAGCAGUUCCCCGACAUGAAUGUUGCAGUGGUAAACGAAAACGAGCUGAAAAGCGCAGAAGGAAAAACAAAGUGGCGAAAUUACAUGGACAAAUUCAACCGGCUAGAAGAUUACAGCUAUGGAACACUGUUAAGAGCUGAUGCUCGAGAAGAAUUUCAACCUGGCAAUGCUAUCUUGGUUGUAAGAAUCCAAUUCUGGGCGAUAGAAAUUGCAAGAAAUAGGGAAGGUCAUAAUGAUUGCAUACGACAGAACUUUCGCGGUUUAAGUAAAAAGGAGGAAUAAAAUUAGUUCCCAUUUAUAAA